AAUGCCCUUUGUUUUUUGUGCUACAAGAGGUGGCUCAGUGGAACUGUCUGGGCAGAGGCCUGGGUCCCGCCAGGAGGAGUUCUGGGCGGAGGUCAAAGGGCAGAGGUCUGGGCAGAGGUCACAAGAUUGUCUUCCUGGAGGUGGGACGCAUCAGAAUCCUUAACUGUAGUACAGCAAUUGCCUCAAGCUAAAUGGCCUCCUUUUAAAGACUUUGUACUUUUGCUUACAAUUACUCGGGAAGCCUGCAGCAUGGACAACCCACGGCUCCUGGAGACGCCCUGGCUGCAGCAAGGUGAUCCCUGAGGAUGCGGCUGCUCACAUGGCUGAUGUUCCUGGCCUGCUGGGGAGUCGCCAGGGCUGAACCAGGGAAGUUCUGGCACAUCUCUGACCUGCACCUGGACCCCGACUACAGUAUAUCCAAAGACCCCCUCCAGGUGUGCCCGUCGGCCGGUUCCCAGCCGGUACCCAGCGCAGGCCCCUGGGGUGACUACCUCUGCGAUGCCCCCUGGAUCCUCAUCAACUCCUCCAUCUACGCCAUGAAGGAGAUCGAGCCGCAGCCGGACUUCAUCCUCUGGACCGGCGAUGACACACCUCAUGUGCCCAAUGAGAGGCUGGGAGAGGCAGCUGUACUGGAAAUUGUGGGACGCCUGACCAGGCUCAUCAGAGAGGUCUUUCCAGAUACUAAAGUCUAUGCUGCUUUGGGAAAUCAUGACUUUCACCCCAAAAACCAGCUCCCAGCAGGGAGGAACAACAUCUACAACCAGGUAGCAGAGCUGUGGAAACCUUGGCUUAGUGACGAAUCCAUGGCUCUCUUCAAAGAAGGUGCCUUCUAUUCUGAGAAGUUGCCGGGUCCCAGCAAGGCUGGGCGCAUCGUGGUCCUCAACACCAACCUGUACUACGUCAACAACGAGCAGACGGCAGGCAUGGCCGACCCCAGCCAGCAGUUCCAGUGGCUAGCCGAUGUGCUGACCAACGCAUCCCGAGCUGGGGAACGGGUGUACAUUACUGGCCACAUACCCCCGGGGUUCUUUGAGAAGAAGCGGAACAAGGCAUGGUUCCGGGAGGGCUUCAACGAGCAGUACCUGGAGGUCAUCCAGAAGCACCAUGGAGUCAUAGCAGGGCAGUUCUUCGGGCACCAUCACACCGACAGCUUUCGGAUGUUCUAUGAUGAUGCAGGUGCCCCCAUAAGCGUCAUGUUCCUCACACCUGGGGUCACCCCUUGGAAAACCACAUUACCUGGAGUGGUCAACGGGGCCAACAAUCCAAGCAUCCGGGUGUUCGAAUACGACCGAGCCACACUGAGUCUGCAGGACAUGGUGACCUACUUCCUGAACCUGAGCCUGGCGAAUGCACAGGGGACGCCGCGCUGGGAGCUGGAGUACCGGCUGACCAAGGCCUACGGGGUGCCGGACGCAGGCGUCCAGUCCCUGCACACAGCUCUGGACCGCAUUGCCAGCGACCAGGGCGCGCUGCAGCGUUACUACGUCUACAACUCAGUCAGCUACGAUGACAGGGCCUGUGACGAGGCCUGCCGCGCCGAGCACGUGUGCGCCAUGCGCCACGUGGCCUUUGGCACCUACGCCACCUGCUUGCGCGCCUCGGGCUCCGUGCCGCCACCCCGGCUCGCGCUCUUGCUGCUGCUGACGGCGGGUCUGGGCCUGUGCCCGCUGCUGGCGCCGUGACCUUGGGCGCCCAGCCAGCCGCCCAGCCUGCCGCCCACUUGGUGGGCUUAUCUUCCUCCUGGUAAAGUGGGCAGCGUCACCCCCUAGAGAGCUGGGGUUUUCCACCGUUUCUCCCUCUGCGGAGAGGGAACUGGAUGGGACGGGCAGAUCCCGAAACGAAGCCCUCCAAAAAAUCACAUUUCUUUCAUGUUUCAUGUUUUACCCCCAAAGCUCAUCGAGCAUGUUAUUCUGUGCAUUGUUUGUUUUUGUUUAUGUAAACGAUGUUUAAAGUA